AUGAUGAUAGUCACGUCAGGUCAUGAUGUCAGCCCGCCGAUUAUGUCUAAGUCAAGUACUCAUCGCAGAGGGUAUCGAAGACUCUGGCUAAACCCAAUAUACAAAAGGCUACGUGGUUUUGGGACGAGGACGUUUAGGCGGCAAUUCGUGAAAAGAAAUCCAAGUAUAAGCUCUGGUGACACAGGGACACGUAAGCCUGAAGAUCGGGAGGCUUACCUAUCGGCGAGGAGGGAGGCUAAGAAGGCAGUCGCAGCGAAGUCGCACCACCACAAGGCUUUGUACGACAUGCUUGAUACCAGAGAAGAAGAGUGGGCAGUGUACCGUUUAGUCAGAGCGCGUCAUCACUCAACGUUGGAUAGGGAGCACACCAAGAUCGUAAAGGGAGUUGAUGGCGCCGUUCUGCGUCGCUCUGGUCAGAUCCUGGAGAGGUGGCAAGAGUACUACAAUCACUUGUGUAACGAAGAGUUCUGUCAUCUUCCCAUCCCAACUGUUCCCAGCGUCGAGGGCCCUGUUCUACCAAUUACUGCCGUCGAAGUCAGUGCCGCCCUCACAAAAAUGAAGUCGAACAAGGCAACCGGUCUUGACGACAUACUUGUUGAUGUCUGGAAGCUGCUAGGAGAUCGAGCGUCCGUGUGGGUCGCAACUCUAUUUAACAAGAUCGUAGCAGAAGGACGGACUCCAGACUUGGCAAACUUCCGUGACCAAACAAGUACAGUCUUGGAAGGAUCGGCUGCAGCAACGUGGAUUGCACCUCAAUGUAUCAAAAACCGAGUACAUGGAGUGCGGACCAAGGAUAGAGGAUGGCAAUGGAAAGUGGCAACAGGCGUACUGUACGACAAGAAAGUUCCUGUUCGACUCAAAUCGAAGAUCUACAGGACGGUUGAGCGUCCUGUUGCCCUAUAUGGAUGCGAGUGUUGGCCGGCGACAAAAGCCUUGAAAAGAGUUUUGCACGCUACGGAGAUGCGAAUGUUGAUGUGGACGAUAACGCUAAAAGACAAAGUAUCCAGCGAUACUGCACGCUCCAUCUUUGGCGUCGUCCCGAAAACUGAGAAUAUGAUGGAGGCGCGACUGAAAUGUCUUGGGGCGAGAGGAAAAUUCUGUUGCCAAAACCGCUCUGAAGCUCGACGUUUCAGGCGUGAGGCCGCGCGGGAGGCCAAAGAUUCGCUGGUUAGACCGUGUGAAGCUGGAUAUGAUAGUGGAUGUGUACGGCUGAUGCAGUGGAUAGAACCAAAUGGAAGACAAGAAGCAGAAAGGCAGACCCUGCAGCAACGCGGGACAAACGCUAGGAAGAAGAAGACUCUGGUUGGAGAGGUGCUGGAUUUCUACAAGCGUAAACUAGACAAGGAUUUGGAAAUAAUUCUCUGGUCAGAUCUACCGGUGCGCGAACGCGAUCGCUUCGACUAUAAGAAGGAUCCGAAUAGUCGCGUCUUCCGCCAUGCUGCAAUCACGUUCAUGCACGAGUGUAUGCUGCGGGCAAGAUCGCAUGUAAAAUUCAUUGCCAACUUUGAUCUAGACGAUUUUCCGGUCGCGGAAAAUCUCAACAUUCCGGAAGUGCUGGAUCGUAUCGAUAAAGAGAAUAAAAAUAUCGCUGAGAUAGUUGUGGACUGGAAGCUGACAAGACAGAGAAUAAAUUGGGAGUCUCUUCGAACACCAUCAGAUAUUCGUUUCAUGCUUCCUGCGUCUAGACUCAUUGCCGACGACAGUAUACGAUACGAUUAUCGUAUUUCGAAGAAGAUGUUCGCACGCCCUGAACGUGUGGCCGUUUUUGACAUGCAUAAUAUUUACCGUAACGAGCUCAUACCAGGAAAAACGAAACAGUACGGGUACAUCUACUAUUCCAGUCCAAAGUUAUUUCUUCUACACAUGAGGCGAUUCCAACGUAAUCUCAUCAAUGACGACAUUCGUUACAAUACCACAAUAAGUACUAGAUUUCUAGUGGCUCUAAAUAGAAGCAUGAUGAUGAGUUUCAAAAAGAGAUUACAGUUUGAUGAAUUUGCAGCCUUCCAAAUGGCACCUUGGGCCACGGAAGCCAUUGAAUUACUGCGGAAUCUGGAGCAGUGUAGGAAAGAAGCGUUUGGAAUGAUGUUGACGGAUGAGAACCGGAUGUGUCAGCAGAGUUCUGGAGGGUGCGAACCUAUGUUAACGACAAGGUCAACGUUUAUCCGAGCUCCUAUCUCAUGGGUGGAUCUGGCUCACACGGCUCACUUCAAUAACUACACUGUACCACAGAAACACUAA